AUGGCGGCGGAACCGAGGUCCUCGGGCUCUACGCCGAGAGACGCCGACGUGGAGAAGGGAAUCAGCCCCAACGCCUCCGACCUAGAAGGCGCAACCAUCAGACCCGAGUCCGCCCCCGAGUCGACGACAAAUCGUGGCGAGGCCGAUAAAGAAACGGAGCAAGAUCCCAACAUCGUCUACUGGGACGGUCCCGAUGACCCGGAGAACCCCCAGAACUGGACGAUGAAGAUGAAAUGGUUCAACGUUGCGGCAAUCUCCAUGCUUACCUUUGUCACACCACUUGGCUCCUCAAUGUUUGCGCCCGGAAUCCCCAAAAUCAUGGUGGAAUUCGGCGAGACCUCCUCAACAGUGGCGACCUUCGUGGUCUCCAUCUACAUCCUCGGCUUCGCCUUCGGUCCCCUCAUCAUCGCCCCCACAAGCGAGGUAUACGGCCGCGCCCGCCUCUACAUCUGGGGCAACAUCUUCUUCACCCUCUUCACUGUCGGCGUCGCCUUGUCCCAGAACAUGGCCAUGAUGAUGGCCUUCCGGUUCCUCAUGGGCUUGGCCGGCGCCGUCCCCAUCACAAUCGGCAGUGGUAGCAUCGCAGACAUCAUGCCCGUCGAGAUGCGCGGCCGAGCCAUGUCCGCCUGGGCCCUCGGUCCCCUUCUUGGCCCUUGUAUUGGACCCGUUGCCGGUGGCUACCUCAUCAAGGCCGCUGGGUGGAGAUGGAUCUACUGGCUAGUUGUCAUCGUGGGCGGCAUCUUUAUCCCCCUCUCCUGGUUCUUCAUCAAGGAGACCUACGCCCCCCUCAUCCUCGAACGCAAGGCGGAACGACUGCGCAAGGAAACGGGCAACAAGGACCUCCGGAGCAAGCUCCAGGCUGAUGCCAAAAUGAUCGACACAUUCAAGCACGCCAUCGUCCGCCCUCUGAGGCUCCUCUUCAUGACGCCCAUCGUCACCCUCAUGGCUCUCUACGUGGCCAUCGUCUACGGCAUUCUCUAUCUCCUCAUCACGACCUUCUCGUUCGUCUACAAGGACUACUACGGAUUCGACGAGGGAACUGUCGGCCUCACCUUCCUGCCCGCGGGCAUCGGUAUGAUGAUCGGCAUCGCCCUCUUCGGCGCCCUCACCGACGCCAUCGUCCUCAGGAACAAGGCCAGAAACAUCGAGCACACACCCGAGGCUCGCCUCAGCCCGAUCAUCGCGAUGCCCUGCGCCGUGGUUUUGCCCAUCGGCCUCUUCAUCUACGGCUGGACUGCUGAGAAGGGCGUUCACUUCAUCGUUCCCAUGCUUGGUGUUGUCAUCUUUAGCAUCGGCCUCAUGGGUGUCAUGACGUGUAUCCAAAACUACCUGCUCGACUCGUAUCCUCUCUACGCGGCCUCGGUCACUGCCGCGCUGGCUGUCCUCCGAUCCUUGUCCGGUGCUCUGCUUCCCCUUGGAGGUCUGGAGAUGUACAACGCUCUUGGUCUCGGGUGGGGUAACAGCUUGCUGGCCUUCAUCUCUAUUGGCCUGAUCCCGAUCCCUCUUUUCUUCUACAUCUUUGGUGCGCGCAUUCGGAACAGAACCAAGACCAAUCUCUGA